CCCCUGGACGCCAUGCACGAGAAGGGCCUCGCCGACGAUCCGCGCUACGGCCAGAUGAAAGGGAUGGGGCUGCGGCCCGGCGGGCACGCGGGCAUGGGCCCUCCUCCCAGCCCCAUGGAUCAGCACUCGCAAGGUUACCCGUCUCCGCUCGGCGGCUCCGAGCACGCCUCGAGCCCGGUUCCGGCCAACGGCCCGUCCUCUGGCCCUCAGAUGUCCUCGGGCCCCGGCGGCGUCCCCUUGGACGGCACCGACCCC